CUAAUGCUGAAAGUGACUGCAGAAGUAGAAGUGUUUCAACUUAUAAUCAGAGCUGCCCUCCACAAUUUGAAACUGCUGAAGAUGAAGACUGGCUAUAUGAAUCAGUUAUCAGUGAGGACGAAUAUUAUAAUAACUCAGAAUUUAGUGGCACUGAAAGUGUGAGUGACAGUGAAGAUCCCAUGACUUAUAGUUAUUCAUCCAGCAAUUAUUCUGACCACAUGGACAGCAGUGCCACAAAAGGAAACGUGCCACUGACACACUAUGGAUCAGGUGAUGGGGAACCCUGUUCUCAGACUGGUUAUCAUGAUACAUUACCUACCUAUGGCAGCUCCUCCAAUGUGGGCACAGAAGCAGAUGAAAGCAAUAGGAUUUAUGUGAAUAUUCCUCAGAUAGAAGAGCCUGUGUAUAAUGAAGUCGAUUCUAGGACUCUGGCACCUGAAAUAAAUGAACUGAUUAACACAGAAAUAGAAUAUGUUUGCUCCCUGCAACUUCUCAUUUCCCACAUUGAGCCCAGACUGAAGGAGAUCCCUGAAGUUGAUGUCGGAAGUCUCCUUUGUAAUGCAGAUGAACUUCUUGCGGUCCAUGAUUCAUUUCUCAGUGAAUUAAAAGACACAAAAAAUGAUGACCAAAACCAGCUUAGUCGAAUUGGAAACCUUUUUCACGAAUACAGUGCAGAUAUGGAAAAUGCAUAUGCUGUUUAUUGUAAUGGAUAUACAAGAUCUUCAACACUACUUCAGAGUUACCAAGAAACACCUAUAUAUGAAAAGAUCCAGGAAGUACUGCAAAUAGUACAAUACAUGGAUAGCUCUAAACAAUACAAAGACCUUUCCUUCUACCUGAUACAGCCCGUGCAGCGUAUCACCAGGUACCCCUUGUUUCUGCGCAGCAUCCUGAAAAAUGUACCACAAAAUAGGCAUUCACAGGAGCUACUUCAGAGAGCUCUGGACACCAUGAAUGAGGUGAACAUCAACAUAAAUGAAAACAAGAGGCGUAAAGAAAUUGCUACAAAGUAUCUGCAGCAAGACAAGAGUACUUGGAAGAAAAAAAUAUCUAACCUAAAUACCCACACUAUCAGUAAGAAAACGAACAGGUUAAGCACGCUUUUAAGAAAGCAGACAGGCAUGUCUCCCAAGAAAGAAGACAAAGAAUUUGACAGCUUUACUGAAAAGUUUCACAGAUUGGCAAACUUUGUUUCCCAGCUGGAAGAAAACGUAAUACUGUAUGUAAGAAAUAUAGAGGCAUUUCUGAACAUUCAGCCUCAGACAUAUCAACUGGAACUCCUGCAAGGAACAGUUCAUCCUUUCCAGGCCUUCUCACAGGAACUCUGCAACAGUAUAUAUUCAGUCUUUAAGAGGAGGGUGCAGUUGCUGGUCCUUCAACCCGUAAGUAACCUUUUAGAAUGUUUAAAGGGACCAAAGAAUCUGAUCAAGAAAAGAGCAGACAAACUUUUGGACUAUGAAAACCUGGAGAAGUAUAGUGAGACUGGUAAAAUUACAUGGGAAGAGGAGGAUAUUGUGAACAACUAUAAGUGCAUCCAUUCCAUGCUCAUUUCUGAACUACCGCAGUGCAUCGCCCUGUCCUACCAGUGGCUUCAAAAAAUCCUGCUUACCUUUAUGGCCUUGCAGAAAGAUUUGUUUGAACAAGGACGGCAUGCAGCAGAAACACAUGCUUCAGAGAUGCAGUGUUGCAUGGCUGCAGAGGAAAACUUUAAGAGAUGGGUAAACGACAGUAUCUGCCAAAUGGUUUCUCAGCUCAGUGAAUUCAUCAAAAUAUUUGAGGAGGAAUCAUUACCACCAAUAGUACAGGAGCACACUCCAGCCACUCAACGCCACAUCCAACAGCUACUGCAACGCUACAAAGCUGAUAAGCUGUUCCAGGUAGUGAGCAGUUUUGCAAGCUAUAGGGAAAUGGAGCUGAGCCUUAGCCGUGGUGAUGUGGUCGCAGUUAUCCAGCUUGCGGACACAAAAGGAAACAAAAACCGAUGGCUGGUCGACACAGGAGCAUCCCGUGGAUAUGUACCUAGCAGCAAACUGCAGCCUUACCAGGUGGAACAGAGUCCAUAUCAAUUAUGUGUUUCAAGUGAGUCAAGCAAGACUUCAGAAAUGAGGAGACAUUCGGUUACAGCUCAACCAAGUCCCUAUCCUUAUGUCCCUGUGGACAUCCCUGAAGUCUUCCAGCUUCCCUUUCAGAUUGUUGCCGGAUACCCAUUCACGGCUCGUAGUAAUUAUGAGGUCAGCAUUAUGGCUGGAGACCCUGUGAAAGUUCUGGAGCCACAUGACAAAGAAGGACGCCCUGAAUGGAGCCUGGUGGAAGUGAGCGGACAGAGGGGCUAUGUACCCUCUAACUACCUAAUCAGAGUAGCUGUGCAGGCAAACCGCAGGCCAUAAUUGGCCAAUCACCCACAUAUAAGCUAAUACUACUGUGAAU